CUAUCUAAAUUUGCAGGGAUAAUAUUUGGCACUGAGUCGUUACUUCUAAAAUGAAUUACUAAUGUCAGUAUUAAGAAUACUAGUAAUAUUGAGCAUAGUUGGAUAGCAGUGGUUAAGAGUUUAUCCUCUGAAUGCUCUUAAGUAAAAGCUUUGAGUUGCCUAAUGCCCAAGUAUAGGUCCGGGAACUUUGAUAUAUAUAUAUGGCUAUUGUUCAUGUAAUAAAGCUGCUUGUAUUCGUAUGUUGUUUCAUGAGUAAACAUGGUGUUGCAACACUUGAACAUGACAAAUGCAGUGUGACAUGGUGCCGGAGGGGAGGAACCGAAAUUCGGUUCCCUUUCCACCGUAUCAAUCACGAAAAAGAUAAGCAACUCCGGUCCAAAUACUGCGGCGUUCCUGGCUUUCAACUCUCUUGCAGUACCUCUGAUCGUUCUAACAAUUUCCCCGUACUCAAAUUUGAAUACCAGGUCAACACCUCUCUCCCGGGAAUCCAUCUCUCGUUUUCUGUUGAGGCCUAUGUCGAUUCCAUCGACUACAAAUCACAGCAACUCCACUUUUUUACCAAGUCGAACAAUAUCACACAACACUAUGGCUACUACCUUCCUAAUUCUCCUUUUAAACAUUUGAAGUUGAGGGAAUUUCCAGUUGAUGAUCCCCGGUACUUAACAGACUAUACCUUCUACAGAUGUUCAGCGACGAUAAGUGACAUAGGCACAAUUGAUCAUAUUAUUGAAGAAGUCCCUUCUCUAAGUGGUCAUGAUUAUCAAGUCUAUGUGGUCUAUUCUCACUUUAGAACCGUAGAAGCGCUUCUAACAUGGUGCACCAAGUUGUACAAUGUUUCACGGACCCCGUUCUUCGGGGGAGGAUUGUCUUGGUCUUGGCCUAAUUGUAGACAUUGUGAAGGCAAAGAUCAGUACUGCAAAUUCAAAGCAAACAGCUCUACUAAUACAGAGUGCUUCCCCGUACCCAAAGGUCCUUCAUCGCAUAGACUUCUGGAAACAGGUAAAGUUGGAGGGAUCUUAGUCCUCUCAUUUAUGCUUGUGGCUUUUUGUUAUGCGAUAUACUUGUAUAAACAAAAGAAAAAUUACCAGCAGAAGAUUGAAGUGUUUUUGGAGGAUUACAAAGCUCUUAAGCCCACAAGGUACUCUUAUGCUGACAUAAAAAAGAUAAGCAAUCAUUUUAAAGUCAAAUUAGGGGAAGGAGGUUAUGGUUCAGUGUUCAAGGGACAGCUCUCAAACGACGUUCCAGUUGCAGUUAAGAUCUUAAAUGACAAGGCUGAUGCGAAAGGAAGUGGAGCAGAUUUUAUAAACGAAGUUAGCACUAUAGGCUUAAUCCACCAUGUGAAUGUGGUUCGCUUGGUUGGAUAUUGUGCUGAUGGUUGUAGGCGAGCUCUUGUUUAUGAGUUUCUCCCAAACAAUUCCCUGGAAAAUUAUGUCUAUUCUAAAGAGAAUCGUAGAAACGGCUUCCUUGGUUGGCAAAAGAUGGAAGAAAUUGCUUUAGGGAUCGCCAAAGGAAUUGAGUAUCUUCACCAAGGGUGCGCCCAACGAAUCCUCCACUUUGAUAUCAAGCCCCAUAACAUCUUGUUGGACCAAAAUUUUAAUCCUAAAAUCGCUGAUUUUGGUUUAGCAAAAUUGUGUAGCAAAGGCCAAAGCAUAGUCUCCAUGACAAUGGCUAGAGGGACAGUAGGCUAUAUUGCACCAGAAGUUUUCUCUAGGAAUUUCGGAAAGGUAUCAUCCAAGUCAGAUGUUUAUAGCUUCGGGAUGUUGUUGCUUGAAAUGGUUGGAGCAAGGAAUCAUACUUUAACAGAAACAGAAAACACAAGCGAAGUAUAUUUUCCUGAGUGGAUUUUUCGUCAGCUUGAGCAGGAAACGGAGACCAGGAGUCAGAUUGAGGAAGACGGUAAGAGCAAGAUAGAAAGGAAGCUAAAAAUUGUGGGACUUUGUUGCGUGAAUUGGCAUCCAGCAGACAGACCUUCAAUGAAACAUGUGAUCCAAAUGCUCGAAGCUGAAGACUGCCCCGCCAUGCCUCCAAAUCCAUUUAGCUCAACAAGUUCGAGAAAUGCAUUCUCAGCAGCUUCUGCUAGGCCAUUCGCCAACGAGCUUGAAGUUAUUUCAGAAUCAGAGUGAUUACAAGUUGAAUAAAGGGGCCGAGUACUUGGCCACUAGGUACAUAUAAGGUGUAAUAUAUAUUUGGAAACUGUUAAUGCAA